GUUAUAUCCAGUGGGAACCACAGUGCAGCGGUAUCCGAUCAAAGAUAUUGUUCUGCAGAAUUACCACGUACCUGCCGGGACGAUGGUUCAGGCCUGUCUUUACCCCCUGGGAAGGAGUGCCGAGGUGUUUGAGGAUCCACUGUGCUUUGACCCCAGCCGAUGGAGCAGCGGUAGAAAAGAAGGCCAGAAAGGAGAGGAGGCGGGGGCGUUUCGCUCCCUGGCGUUUGGGUUCGGGGCGAGGCAGUGUGUCGGGAGGAGGAUUGCUGAGAAUGAGAUGCAGCUCCUACUCAUGCAUGUGAGUAUUGACAAAGAAGAGGAGGAGGAGGAGGAGGAG